CUACGUUUGGUGCCGGAGAAUAUAGAAGGAAAAGAAAGGAAAAAGAAAGAGUUUUGAUCCGAGUUGAAAAAGGGAGAGAAAAUCUGUUUAAAUAUAUAUAUAUAUAUAUAUAAAAAAAAAUAGUGAGAGAGAGAUAGAGAGAGAAAAAAUCUCGUUGACGAAGAAAAAACCACACGAUAUCUGCGCUUCGUGUCCGAUCCAACUUCUUGUUCUUCUCUCUGGAAAAAAAAAAAAAAAAAAAAACUAGGGUUUCUGGAUUUUUUAUUUUUUUGUUUUUUUGGUUUACGAAUAGAUUUCGUUCUCGACUACGUUCACAGCUCUCUUUCUUUCUCGUUUUCGAGGUUUUUGAUCUGCGAGUUACAAAGCGCAAAGGCGUAAAAGGAAUUUCCAUUUCCAUUAGAGUCCCGUUUGCUUUUGAGGAUUUUGGUGUAUUAGAAUAUUGGUUGCAAUUUUUGAAAGCAUUAAUUGAAAAGGGUUCGUAUUUUCGCUAAUUAUGAGAACUUCCUGGGCUGAUUCCGUAGCUAACUCUCAAUCUGAGAGUGGAACUACUGGUUCAUCCAAUAACAAUGGCUCAUCUCACCUUCCGAGAUCAAGAUAUGUUCCCCCACAUCUUCGUAACAGGCCACCUUCAUCUGAUCCCCCAGCUCCUUCAUACUCUGCACCACCGCCACCUGGUGAUCGCGUAGGUUAUGGUGGACCCUCAGCUGGUCCUCGCUGGGCUGGUCCUUCUAGGCCUGAUUAUGGACGUCCCGGAUAUUCCGGUGGUCGAACCGGUAGCUGGAACAGUAGAAGUGGGAGUUGGGACCGAGGGAGGGAGCGCGAAGUUAACCCAUUCGGAGAUGAUGAUGGUGAUGCAGAGGAUGCAUUUAGCGGACAAGAGAACAGUGGCAUUAACUUUGAUGCUUAUGAGGAUAUACCAGUGGAAACCAGUGGGGAUAAUGUGCCACCACCCGUGAAUACUUUCGCAGAGAUAGACUUGGGUGAGGCAUUGAAUCAAAAUAUUAGGAGGUGCAAAUAUGUGAAGCCAACUCCUGUUCAGCGUCAUGCAAUACCGAUUUCUUUAGGUGGGCGGGAUCUGAUGGCGUGUGCUCAAACUGGGUCAGGGAAGACAGCUGCUUUUUGCUUUCCUAUUAUUAGUGGAAUCAUGCGGGAGCAGUAUGUUCAGAGACCACGUGGGGCACGUACUGUAUACCCUCUUGCUCUUAUUCUCUCCCCUACGAGGGAGCUUUCUUGUCAGAUACACGAAGAAGCUAGAAAAUUUUCAUAUCAAACUGGUGUCAAGGUGGUAGUUGCUUAUGGAGGCGCACCAAUAAACCAACAGUUGCGAGAGCUUGAGAGAGGAGUUGAUAUUCUAGUGGCAACCCCAGGGAGAUUGGUAGAUUUGCUUGAGAGGGCUAGAGUGUCGCUGCAGAUGAUUAGAUAUUUGGCUCUUGAUGAGGCAGAUAGAAUGCUGGACAUGGGUUUUGAGCCUCAAAUUAGAAAGAUAGUGGAGCAAAUGGAUAUGCCUCCACGAGGUGUGCGGCAGACAAUGCUAUUUAGUGCUACCUUUCCUAAAGAGAUACAGAGAAUGGCAUCUGAUUUUCUUGCAAAUUACAUAUUUUUAGCUGUUGGAAGGGUUGGUUCAAGUACUGAUUUAAUUGUACAAAGAGUUGAAUUUGUGCUUGAAUCUGACAAGAGAAGUCAUCUUAUGGAUCUUCUUCAUGCACAGAGAGAAAAUGGAAUUCAUGGAAAGCAAUCUCUAACAUUGGUUUUUGUUGAGACAAAGAAAGGAGCUGACUCAUUGGAAAAUUGGUUGUGCAUCAAUGGGUUUCCUGCAACUACCAUACAUGGUGAUAGAACACAACAGGAAAGAGAAUAUGCAUUAAGAUCUUUCAAGUCCGGAAACACACCAAUUUUAGUGGCAACAGAUGUGGCAGCUCGUGGUCUUGAUAUUCCCCAUGUAGCUCAUGUGGUAAAUUUUGAUCUCCCUAAUGACAUUGAUGAUUAUGUCCACCGGAUAGGCCGUACUGGUCGAGCUGGAAAAACAGGAUUAGCAACAGCUUUCUUCAAUGAAAACAAUAUGUCAUUGGCAAGGCCUCUAGCUGAUCUAAUGCAAGAAGCAAAUCAGGAAGUACCUGUUUGGCUUACUCGGUAUGCAUCAAGGGCUUAUAGUGGUGGAGGUAGGAACCGGCGUUCAGGUGCAGGCCGUUUUGGUGGUCGUGAUUUUAGGAGGGAUGGCUCUUUUAAUAGGGGAACAGAUUUCUACGGUGGAGCAAAUAGUGGUGGAUAUGGGGUACCUGGUGGAGGUUAUGGUCCGGGUGUGACCAGUGCCUGGGAUUAAUAUCUUGCACUGCAAUGAAUGUUCUUUAAUUUUCUCCGAGUAUAUAUAUAUUUUUUUCUUUCAGAUUUUAUGGAAAUUAUAUCUGGUAUCGAGAUCAGGAUUCUAAUGUGGGAAAUGCCGGACUUGAUUCUUUGCGAA